AACCCCCCCCCAUCCCCGACCCCGACGGAUCCCGACGGAUCCCGACGGAUCCCGACGGAUCCCGCUGUUUGUUUUUUCCCGGAAUUCCGGCAGGAGGAGGAUUUCCAGCGGCCGGGCAGCCGCGAGGAGGCGCAGCAGCUGCUGGAGCUGGAGCGGCUCCGCGUGGAGCAGGCCAUGGAGCGCCAGCAGAAGGAGAUGCUGGAGGACCACCGCUGGCUCCGCCAGGAGGUCCAGAGCCUGGAUCCCAAGGUGUUCCUGAACAACAACAUUCCCCCGCUUCUCCCGGAGAAGGAGACGGAUUACACGCAAUUCACGGGGCCCCCCCAGAAGCCUCCAAGACUCGGGGCUCAGGUAAGACCCGGGAUGGAUCCCAAUCCUCCUUUUCCACCUCCAGAAUCCACGGGGUGGGAAUUUUCCGGCCAUUCCCAGCUCCAGAGGGGUCAGAUGGAAUCGGGAUCGUGGAUGGGAUCAGGAUUUUGAGUGGGGCCAACCAGGAUUUCCCAAAGAAUUCCAGGAUGGUUUGGGUG